GAAAGAAAGAAAAAGAAUGUUUUUGUUUGAUACAAGUUUCUUCUAAGCCCUUCCUUCUCCACUUCCCCAAAAAACCAAAACCCAAAAAAGAUAUAAAAUCAGUCUCGUCGUCUUCACCCAUUCACUUUCUUCCAAUACAAACCGCCAUGCCCGUUUUCGACACACUUCUCACAAAACCCUCGACAGUUACCCGAUAAAGAUUCAUGCUUUCUUCGAUUCAGUGAAUGUUUUGCAGCACUUUACCCUUUUCCAAUCAAUCAACCGUCAAUAAGUGCGACAAAUCUCUAAUCUGUAAUCACCAGUGGGACAAUGAGCAAUUCUGAUGACAUCAGUCAACUCCCGGAUUGCAUUCUUCAUCAUAUCCUAUCAUUUAUUCCCACAAAAGAUGAUGUCAAGACCUCAAUACUCUCAAAAAGAUGGAAAAAUCUUUGGACUUCAGUUUCAAAUCUAGACUUUGAUGACGCAUUGUUGUAUAAAGAAAUGGAAGGCCAAGAUCCACCCGAUGAGAUAUGUUUCAUGAACUUCGUAGAUCGAGUUCUUUUAUUUCGCGACACAUCAACCAUACAUAAAUUUCGUUUAUCAUGUCGCGUUUGCUUUAAUCCCUCUCGUAUACAUUCAUGGAUUUCAUCUGCUAUCAUUCACAAUGUCCAUGAACUUGAUCUCUGUCUCUUUGUUGAAGAUCCAUUUCUACUCCCUCAAUCCAUCUUUUCCAGCAGAUCUUUAACCACUUUGAAGAUAGAAAUGAAUUGCGUUCUUCAAAUCCCAUCUUUCAUAAACUUCCCACAUUUAAAAACAUUACAUUUGUCUUUAAUUACAUUCCCGGAUGAUGAAUUGACACAAAAGCUUUUCGCGGGUUGUUUGGUUCUUGAAGAAUUAGUUUUGCUUGAUUGUGAGUGGACGAAUUUGAAGAAUGUUAUGAUUUCAAGUUCCACUUUGAAGAGAUUAACAAUCGAUGAUUUGCCAUAUUUUGGGCCUCCAGAUGAUUCCAGAGGAUGUAAGAUCAUGAUCGAUGCAAUGAAUCUUGUGUUCUUCAAGUAUACUGGUUAUUUAUCGAAUGAGAUUUUGUUAUGUGGUGUAUUGAAAUUGGUGAAAGCGGAUAUUAGUGUUUCGAUUUUACAUGAGAGGCAAAAGGAAGUCGCAUUUCAUGUUGUUGAUUUGCUUAAUGGAAUUCAGACUGUUGGGUAUUUGAGAGUUUCCAAACGCACAAUUGAGUCUUUUGUAUUUGCAGAUAAGAAAGUGGUUCAUUUUCCAGUUUUCCAAAACUUGACUCAUUUAGAAUUGAGCAUGGAAAUCGGGAACUCCACCAUUGAAGCACUUAUGAAAUUUCUCAACAGCUGUCCAAAUGUACAAUCUCUUAAUUUCACCGAGGGAUUUCAGCAUGACAUGUGCCUUAAAGAGAACGAUUUGACUUGGUCAACGCUACCUAAAUGCCUCAAAACACUAACGUUCAAGAAUUUUCAUGGGAAUGAUUCAGAAAUAUGUUUUUUGAAAUGUAUUUUGCAGAAUGGACUUGUUUCAGACAAGAUGAAUAUAUGUUGGUGUGAUUAUUUUUUAAGAGAUCAAAAAUGGGAAAAAGAGGUAAAAAAGACGUUGAAAUCGAUUGCAUGUGGCUCUAAGUCUUGUGUCAUCACAUGGGGCUAAAUUGUUGGACGUGGACCCUUUUUUGUUAGUCUUGGACAGCUGGCUCUACUUUUUGAAUGAUCUUGAUGAAACUAUAUAUAUAGAUUUUUGGGAAGUUUUGAGUUUUGUUAAGUUUGUUGAUAUAUAUAUAUA